AUGGCCGCCCUCACAUCGGAGGAAUAUAAAGUGCUCGAGCAGUCGCGCCAGCGUCUCGUUCAACUGACUCGCUCUCUGGGCUCCCUGAUCGCAAGUCUCGAGCAGGGCGAUCCCCUCCCGCCAUGGUGCGCAGCUCCCCCGGAGCCCCAACCUUCAGCCAAGGAUCCCCAAAUAACACCGCAGUCCAGGUCCUCACUCCAGUCCCAAGCCAACAUCAUCUCCAACAACCUCGUCAGCGUCUCCGAACACCUCUCCGACCACCGCGACCUCCUCUCCUCGCUCGUCGCAUACCCCGGGCCCGAGUACCCAGGCCGCACGCAAGGAAACAUCCUUGAACAGCUGCUGCGCACAAAACUUGACCCUCGUGUGGAGGAUUGGGUCGCGCGUGGCCGCGAAGCCGGCACGGAACCGUCUCCCUCCGCCCUCGACCUCUCUAACGCGACCUCGAACCCAACCGCACCCGCAACGCCGGCCCAAAACCUUCUCAGUGAGUCAGAGCUGGCCGACCUGUGGGAAUGGGCCCCCCUUGAAGCAAACGAGGAAGCCCGGCGGCGGAAUUGGGGUGGCAAUUUUACGCUCGAGGAGCGUGAGGCGGGUAUACAAAAUGUGGUGACGGGCUUGCGAAGACAAUUGGAAGACGACGAUGGAAGCGAGGAGGAGGAAGAGGGAGAAGAGGACGAAGGCGAAGACGAGAUGGAGAUCGUAGGCGUGCAUCGCAAGUCGGGGGGUGGCUCAGGCCUCGAAUUUGAUAUUGCACCCCAUCACGCACAUAUCGCGGAGCCCGUUGUGCCGCUGGAUGAGAUUCUCCGGUACAUGACGACUGGGCGCAUGCCAUGA